AUAUACAUAUAUAGCUUAUGCAACGAGGUUUUGGCCCUACAGCUUAUGGUGCCAUUGAAUGAUACAAGGAGGAGACAGACGUACUUGGGAGCAAGAGAGCCAAGUUAAAACCAAAUUCAUUCCCUUCUCAAUUAUUCACAUCCCCCAACUCACAAAAUCAUUCCUAAAGUAGUAUUUCACUUCUCUCUUGGUAGCACCAAUAGCUUCAACAAAACCAAUGGCUUUCUUCUCAUCUUCUUCGUCCUUCGUUCAUCCUCAACUAAGGCCUAUUGUAGCCAAGAUGUCUCUCCUUGACACUAUAUUGUUCUAUAUCAUACACAUAGUGGAUAAGUUUGAGGUAUGGCAUAGGCUACCAGUACUUUUGGGGCUGGCUUACUUGGGAAUUAGAAGACACUUGCACCAAAGGUAUAAUCUCUUGCAUGUUGGAAGGAUCGACGGCCAGAAAUAUGACACCGACGAGUUCUCUUAUCGGACGGCUGACGGCUCAUGCAAUCAUCCCAUGGAUAAUUUGAUAGGCAGUCAAGGAACUUUUUUCGGUCGCAACAUGCCUCCAUCUACUUCACCUUAUGGGUUGCUGGAGCCUCAUCCAACAGUUGUAGCCACAAAGCUCUUGGAAAGGAAACAUUUCAUAGAUAAUGGAAAGCAAUUCAACAUGAUCGCAUGCUCAUGGAUACAAUUCAUGAUUCAUGACUGGAUUGAUCAUAUGGAGGACACCCAACAGGUGGAGAUUAAGGCUCCUGCUGAAGUUGCAGAUGGGUGUCCAUUGAAGUCAUUCAAGUUCUUCAAGAGCAAACAAGUUCCCAUAGGCACACCCAAUCUGAAGUCCGGUUUUCUGAAUUCACGGACCCCAUGGUGGGAUGGGAGUGUAAUCUAUGGCAACAACGAGGAGGGUAUGGGAAGGGUGAGGACAUUUAAAGACGGGAAGUUAAAGAUCUCAUGGGACGGACUUCUUGAACAUGAUGAGGAAGGGAUUCCUAUCUCUGGUGAUGUCCGGAAUUGUUGGGCAGGCUUCUCACUCUUGCAAGCCUUAUUUGUCAAAGAACACAAUGCUGUUUGCGAUAUGCUUAAGGAACGUUACACUGAUCUUGAGGAUGAGAAGCUGUAUCAACAUGCAAGAUUGGUGACGUCGGCAGUCAUUGCUAAAAUACAUACCAUUGAUUGGACGGUUGAACUCCUAAAAACUGAUACUCUUUUGGCGGGAAUGAGGAUCAACUGGUAUGGCUUUCUGGGGAAGAAAUUCAAGGAUUUAUUUGGACAUAUAUGUGGACCAAUAUUGAAUGGAUUGGUUGGUCUUAAGAGGCCGAGAGAUCAUGGAAUUCCCUAUUCCUUGACUGAAGAGUUUGUAAGCGUUUACAGAAUGCACACGCUUCUACCUGAUAAACUCAUCCUAAGGGACAUCAAGUCAACUUCAGAAGAAAUGUGCCCGCCAAUUCAAGAAGAAGUGUCUAUGAAGCAAAUGGUGGGGAAAGAAGGAGAGAGAAGACUGUCAAAAAUUGGAAUGGAGAAAAUGCUGGUGUCAAUGGGUCAUCAAGCAUGUGGAGCUGUCACAUUAUGGAACUACCCAUCAUGGAUGAGGAACCUUGUUGCUCAUGAUAUUAAUGGAGAAGAUAGACCAGAUCUAGUUGAUAUGGCUGCCUUAGAAAUUUACAGAGACAGAGAGAGAAGAGUCGCGCGCUUCAAUGAGUUCAGAAGGAACUUACUGAUGAUUCCUAUUAGUAAGUGGGAAGAUUUAACAGAUGAUGAAAACGUGGUUGAAGCACUCCGUGAUGUUUAUGGCGAAGAUGUUGAGAAGUUAGAUAUUCUAGUAGGUCUACAUGCAGAGAAAAAGAUCAAAGGCUUCGCCAUCAGUGAGACCGCUUUCUUUAUCUUUCUGCUCAUUGCCUCAAGGAGGCUAGAAGCUGAUCGUUUCUUCACAACCAAUUUCAAUGCCCGAACCUACACACAAGAAGGCCUAGAUUGGGUUAACAAGACAGAAAACUUAAAAGAUGUGAUUGAUCGGCAUUUCCCCGAAAUGACAAGGAAAUGGAUGAGAUGUUCGAGCGCGUUCUCAGUGUGGGAUUCAGUGCCAACUGCAUCAAACUACAUACCCCUUUAUUUGCGGCCAGCGCCAUGAUAUGCUUUGUUCUGAUGAGUAUAGCAAGUCUAGUCUACUACAAUUUUGCCAUCAGCUACAUGAACUACUUGCAGGAAGUUGAAAUCAAUCUUUACACAAACUCUAUGCAUCUUUCAAUCAAAAUGUACUGUUUGUAAAUGAUAGACCAAUGUGAAUCUGGAAGGAGUAUUUUGAAAUAAUGAUGCAGUGAAUCUUUAAGGAGUUUUUUGAAAUAAUGAUGCAGUGAAUCUGUAAGGAGUUUUUUGAAAUAAUGAUGCAGUGAAUCUGUAAGGAGUUUUUUGAAAUAAUGAUGCAGUGAAUCUGUAAGGAGUUUUUUUAAA